AUGGCAGAAGAGGAAUUAUCUCUUUUAGCAGAAAUAUUCUGUUUUCCCGGAGAACUGGUUCACUGGCGAUCCGGGGAUGCAAUCCAUGUUAAUGUGAAAAUAUCUGAACCAUGUGCUCAAAUGGGAUCCCAUGAUGUUCUGAAUAAUUUUGUUCUGCCAUUAGAUUAUCCUUCAAACAGCAUUUCAGAAAUAAAUAUCACAUCCUCUUCUUUGCCAGCUGAUUUUAUCAAUCGGAUCAAAGAAAAGCUGCAAAUACAUGCAGUCACACGUAGAGGUGAACCUAUGUUGCUGGAACUUAUAGAGUUGUCUAAGGAAAGUUUAAAUAAACUCCAUAAUCAAACUGAUCUGUGCCAACAUUUAGAUAAGGCAAACAUCCAACAGAAGAAAUGUUUGCAAGCUGAAGACAUCCAGUCAUGCACUGAUCCAGAUUCUACUGAGAAAAGACAAGCAAACUGCAGCUCUAUACAAUAUAAGGGACUAUGGAUUACAUUAAUUCAGCUUGACCAUAUGCGAUCAAAGUCCAAGUAUACAAAAAUCAUCAAAAACUGGUCCAAAUACUUCAAUUUAUCUGGACGCCUGAUAUUUUGCCAGAAGCUUAUCCUUAUUUUGCUGUUGGGUGAUCGUGAAAAUCUGAAGACUUAUUUGGUACAGCACAAAACUGCUUGUGUCGAUGUUGAUUCUCGAGGGCACAGCUGUAAAGAAAGAAUGAUGACUGUCUUAACAGAAGAACCUUACACAGCCACAGUAAAGGAAGGCAAAAACAUGGGGUUUUCUGAUUUUCAAGCUGUAGAAUGUUCCAAUAUGGCUGAAGUAGAAAAUAUAUUCAAAACUUACAUGUUGCACUAUUUUUGUCAUUCUCUGUCUGUCUGUCUCGUUAACACUCCUCCUCCUCUCUUUUAA